GACAAGGGCUAAAGGUCUGGAUUUGUGUCAUGCUCAGCCUAUGAGGAUUCCACCAUCCGAAGGGGUGCUUGCCUAAGCCCCGAACCCAAAGAUUUUAUGUGUGAUUGAGUUGGUCAGGUCAAUACUGAUUGGAGAUACUGUCCUCACUGGACUUGCCCAGAAAGACUGCAAAGAGGAGCCAAAAAUUCCUCCUUAAACUGAGAGUUCUCUGGGAAGCACUUGAGAUUUCAUUUGACUGGUUUAUACCUAUGAGAAGUUCCCCAAGCCUGAGAUCUUCCACCCUGAACCUGGGCAGCUGUCAGCACAGCGCUCCUGGGAUCACAGUUUAUUGAAAAAAGGAUUCAAAAAAGUUUCAGACGACUGGAAAAAGAAUGCUCCGAGGCCGAUCUCUGUCUGUGACAUCCCUGAGUGGGCUUCCUCAGUGGGAAGUUGAAGAACUUCCUGUGGAGGAUUUACUGCUUUUUGAAGUCGCUUGGGAAGUAACCAAUAAAGUUGGUGGCAUUUAUACUGUGAUUCAGACAAAGGCCAAAACCACAGCAGACGAAUGGGGAGACCAUUAUUUUCUGAUUGGCCCAUAUUUUGAGCAUAAUAUGAAGACUCAGGUGGAACAGUGUGAACCUAUAAAUGAUGCUGUUAGAAGGGCAGUGGACACAAUGAAUAAACAUGGCUGCCAGGUGCACUUUGGAAGAUGGCUGAUAGAAGGAAGUCCUUACGUGGUGCUCUUUGACGUAGGCUAUUCUGCUUGGAACCUGGACAGGUGGAAGGGUGACCUCUGGGAAGCAUGCAGUGUCGGCAUACCUUACCAUGACCGAGAAGCCAACGAUAUGCUGAUAUUCGGAUCUUUAACUGCCUGGUUCUUAAAAGAGGUGACAGAUCAUGCAGAUGGGAAACAUGUCAUUGCCCAAUUCCAUGAAUGGCAGGCGGGAACUGGACUGAUCCUUUCUCGAGCUCGGAAACUUCCCAUCGCUACAAUAUUUACCACUCACGCCACACUGCUUGGGAGGUAUCUCUGUGCAGCAAACAUUGAUUUCUACAACCAUCUCGAUAAGUUUAACAUAGACAAAGAGGCUGGGGAAAGGCAGAUUUACCACCGGUAUUGCAUGGAGCGGGCCUCUGUCCAUUGUGCUCAUGUGUUCACCACAGUAUCCGAAAUAACAGCAAUAGAAGCAGAACAUAUGCUGAAGAGGAAGCCUGAUGUGGUUACUCCAAAUGGCUUGAAUGUUAAGAAAUUUUCAGCGGUACAUGAGUUUCAAAAUCUACAUGCCAUGUACAAGGCCAGGAUCCAAGAUUUUGUUCGAGGUCAUUUCUAUGGUCAUCUGGACUUUGACCUUGAAAAGACUUUGUUCCUUUUCAUUGCUGGGAGAUACGAGUUUUCAAACAAAGGAGCUGACAUCUUCCUAGAAGCCUUAUCCAGGCUAAAUUUUCUGCUGAGGAUGCAUAAAAGUGACGUUACAGUGGUGGUGUUUUUCAUCAUGCCUGCCAAGACAAAUAAUUUCAAUGUGGAAACGCUGAAAGGCCAGGCAGUGCGGAAACAGCUAUGGUUUGCCCACAGAGGAGAAAUUCCUGACAUGGACAAUAUUUUGGAUCGAGAUGAUGUAACAAUUAUGAAAAGAGCCAUCUUUUCAACCCAGCGACAGUCUUUGCCUCCAGUGACCACUCACAAUAUGAUUGAUGACUCCACUGAUCCCAUCCUCAGCACCAUUAGACGGAUCGGACUUUUCAACAGCCGCACAGACAGAGUCAAGGUAAUUUUGCACCCAGAGUUUCUAUCCUCCACCAGCCCCUUAUUACCCAUGGAUUAUGAAGAGUUUGUCCGAGGUUGUCAUCUUGGAGUAUUUCCAUCAUACUAUGAACCGUGGGGUUAUACUCCAGCUGAAUGCACUGUGAUGGGUAUCCCCAGCGUGACAACCAACCUUUCUGGCUUUGGCUGUUUCAUGCAGGAGCACGUGGCUGAUCCUACUGCUUACGGUAUUUACAUUGUUGACAGGAGAUUCCGCUCUCUGGAUGAUUCCUGCAAUCAGCUGACUCAGUUUCUCUAUGGAUUUUGCAAACAGUCACGCCGCCAAAGAAUUAUUCAGAGAAACCGAACUGAGAGGCUCUCCGAUCUUCUGGAUUGGAGAUACUUGGGCAGAUAUUAUCAGCAUGCCAGGUACUUGACCUUAAGUAGAGCUUUUCCAGAUAAAUUCCAUAUGGAGCCUACAUCACCACCAACGACUGAAGGAUUUAAAUACCCCAGGCCUUCCUCAGUUCCACCUUCCCCUUCAGGGUCUCAGGUCUCUAGUCCUCAAAGCAGUGAUGUGGAAGAUGAAGAAGAGGAUGAGCGAUACAAUGAGGAAGAGGAAGCUGAAAGGGAUCGGUUAAAUAUCAAGUCGCCAUUUUCUCUGGGCCGUCUUCCUCGUGGGAAGAAAAAGCUGCAUGGUGAAUACAAGAACUGAAUUCCACGCGUGUCGGAACAGAGUAAGAGUGAUUAUCUAAAGAAAUGAACAUGCUACAAAUUCCAUUUUCUUCUUUUACGUGUUACAACGGGAUUUAUUCUCUGCCUACGAAGGGGAGAAGAUUAAGUGAAUGACAAUUUGGAAUUUCUAAUAAAAUCCAAGUUAUUUUCCCCUACUCCUUUUCCCCAGUAAAUUUAGGCAAGAGGAAGAAUGUCCAUUAAAGGAGGAAGACCAGAAAUGUUUUUAAAAUGUUAGCUUAAGCAAUAAGAAUUUUCAUUUGCUAGUGUUUAUUUUUAAAUUAUCAUCACCAUAAUCCUGUGCUUAGUAUUUAUACAGCUGCUAUAUCUACCAAACAAGCCUCCCAUUUUCCCUGUGAAGGAUCCUGAUCUGAGCCCUGAACGUGCACUACGUACAUAUUUUAAAUAAUUCUGUCUUCAGUGAUUAUGUUCAUGUUUCACAUGCUUCAGAACCAUGAAUUUCUAUCUAGCUUUGCCCACAAUCAAAAUCCAUAAGAAAAAAAAAGCUACCUUAAAUCCAGAUCCUGAUACAUAUUAACGCAUAUUUACAAGGUCACUUCUCAACUUAAUGAUGGGAAAAUGUUACCAUCUGCGCUAUACCAUCUGACUGUAACAAAGUACAAACAAAAGAGCAAAUGGAAAUUCACAGACCUGCAAACACCUGGUUUUGAGUGGCAUAUUUCUACCCUGCACUCGCUCCUCCAUUCAGACAGCUGCUGCCACUGGACUCUAUCCCCUUGCUCCAGUCCUUUCUUCGUCCUUCCCCAAGACUGACAAAGCCGGGUGAGGAGCAACAGAUAAGGAUCGUUAGUAGAUGACUCUGUUUCUAGCACAGUGCCUUAUACACAGUAGCGGCAAAAAUGAGUGGUCUCAUUGGGAGAAAUAGAGGUACAUAAAGAUGAUGUUUUUAAAGAAUGUACGUUUGCAUAAGUUGGAGUAUAGGAACUAUAGAAAAUAGUUAAUGUGUGCCUGACCAGCCGACAGAAGACUUUUAUGCAUUGUCCCACCCUGCCUUCCAUGUUAAGAGUUAGGGUGAACAGAGCUGGUUUUACAUAUACUGAUGAGAAGAUAAAAUGUUACAAGUGCUCUGCUAAUAGUUUCCCAGGGCACAAGGAGGACUCAGGAGAGGGACUGGUCAAAGGCACUUGGGGAGGUCCAAAGGGUGAGGAUACACUUCUGUGAAGUCAUGUGGGGGAUACAAGUGAGGGCUUCACAUGGUGGUUAUAAGGAUCAGAUCAUAUUCUAAAUAAACUCUUACUAAAGGAAUUCAUAGUCCAGUAGGAGGAGACCAACUGGUUACAUUCCCAACUUCCCUUUCUCCUGAGGCUGAAGCAAAACAAUGUAACUCAAGGUGGAUAGGAUAUAGACUUUCAUUUCUCCUAACCAGAUAAAGGGGAAAUGUUAGUUGGAGGCUGAUUUUUUUUUAAAAGAUUUUAUUUAUUUAUCUGAGAGAGAGAGAACGGGAGACAGAGAGUAUGA